GUGAAAGUGAUUAUUGACGAACUGAAGAGAAAUUGUAGCCAGGAGCCUCGGUUCAAUCAAUACAAAGUGGAUAGUUUGGGUUUGGGCAGUGAUUGACCAGGACUAAUUUGUUGAUAUGGAUGUGAAUGUGGAUUAUUCAUACAGCUUACCAAAUAUUUUAGGCAAUGUGUCGACAGCGGCAACUUUGCGAGCUGAAGCAAGGUUGUCGUCAGAUGUGCGUCUAAUUGGUUGGAAUGUGCCACCAGAGGAGAUUCGUCAUAUACCGGAUCAUUGGUUGAAGUACCCGGAACCGCCAGCGCAUUACCACUAUUUGCUUGGUACGUUGUACCUCAUUUUCACAACUAUAUCAAUGUGUGGCAAUGGUGUUGUCGUCUAUGUUUUCUCUGCUGCCAAAUCGCUGCGUACACCUUCCAACAUAUUCGUUAUCAAUUUGGCUAUAUGCGAUUUCUUCAUGAUGAUGAAGACACCUGUGUUCAUCUACAAUAGUUUUCAUAGAGGCUUCGAGUUGGGCAAUUUCGGUUGUCAAGUGUAUGGAAUACUUGGCGCCUUUACAGGCAUCGGUGCAUCCACAACGAAUGCGUUGAUCGCUUACGAUCGCUAUAACGUCAUCACGAAGCCAAUGGAGGGCAAAAUGACACAUGGCAAGGCGGUCAUGAUGGUUUUGUCUGUAUACAUCUAUGCUCUACCGUUUGUGAUUGGAUGUGUUACUGAGACCUGGGGUAAAUUUGUACCAGAGGGCUAUUUAACAUCUUGCACUUUUGACUACCUAACAGACAAUUUCGAUACGCGGCUUUUCGUUGGCACCAUAUUCUUCUGCAGUUUUGUGUGCCCGACAUCGAUGAUCGUCUAUUACUACAGUCAAAUAGUUGGUCAUGUCUUUAGUCAUGAAAAAGCUCUACGCGAACAAGCGAAGAAAAUGAAUGUUGAGUCUUUGCGAUCAAAUGUCGACAAGAGUAAGGAAACGGCGGAAAUACGUAUCGCAAAAGCGGCUAUUACCAUUUGUUUCCUCUUCUUCGUGUCGUGGACGCCGUAUGGAGUAAUGUCAUUGAUUGGAGCAUUUGGUGAUAAGAGUCUACUGACACCGGGCGUAACCAUGAUACCAGCCUGUACUUGCAAAAUGGUAGCUUGCGUCGAUCCAUUUGUGUACGCUAUUAGUCAUCCUAGAUACAGAGCGGAAUUACAAAAGCGUUGUCCAUGGUUGGCCAUUAAAGAAAAGUCGACUGAGGCUUCAACGGCGGGUUCGACAACCACUGAACAACAGCAGACGUCAGCAGCGUAAAGUUAGCUUAUAUGUAGGUUGCACUGAUCGCUGACGGUAAUACUGUUGCAUAUAUUAGCUUGUAAGAUGCAUUAGUAACAUUAGGAUUUAAAUUGAUAUGAGUUUUUAUCUGUAUAUUGUACAUGUGUAUGUACCUAAAAAUUACUUAGAUUAGAUAAUUAUUGCGACAAUUUUCGCACACACAUAUUGAUGACUAGGCUCUGGACAAGGACUUGCACUAUCACCUAUAUCCAAACUGAACACACAAGGCUAAGCGAACGGAUACAUGACUUGGUAAAACACAUAUGUACAUACAUAAGUAACUGUGCAACAAUGCGUGGGUGCCAAAGAAGCUGCAUUGUGCCUGAAAAUCACCAAAAAAAAAA